CUCUCCGGAGGCGGACGGACGGACGGACGGCGGCUGAGGGAAGCCCCGCGGCUGCCCCGUCUACCUCGCAAGGUCAUAGCGGGCUCGCCAUGGAGGAGGCCGGGCGCCUUUCGCUGAGGGGAAGCGGCUCGCCGGCAGGUGGGCUCGCCCUGGGCGCGCGGUGCGCGGCGCUGCCGGUGGGCUGGUCCUGCGCGUCUUCGCGGGGCGAUUAGAAGACAGACGGUCGGCCGAGCGCGCCGAGUUGCGCGUCGUCGUCGUCGUCGCUGCUCGGGAAGCGGCGGGAAAGUUUCCCUGCGGGCGCUGCGGAUUCCGGAGCGCGCUUCUUCUUCUCCGUGAGAAAUUCUGGGGGUCUUGAAGAUGGGCUCCGUCUAACAAGCGACAAGCUCUAAGGAAGCAAGAAACUGCUGGAUUGGGUCAAUUGCAAUGGAGAAGACCACUGAGGAGAUGGUGGAACUAUGGCUGCUACCCUGUGGCUUACCGUACACCAGGCAUCCCCACCAGAUCCGCAGUGUGCAGUGUUCAGAAGUGAAAAGGCUUGUUGAAGGUUAUUAGGCCUACUCCUCUUGUGUAGCCAUUUUGAAGUUUGCAACCUCUGUCCCUCGUGAAAAGGAGGAACGAUGACUUUUUAUAGUUUCUGUUUGCUCCUCUUUGCGUUUACUUGGAAUACCUCUGCCUAUGGACCGAAUCAAAGGGCACAGAAGAAAGGAGACAUUAUUCUUGGGGGGCUGUUCCCCAUUCAUUUUGGAGUGGCUGCUAAACACCAGGAUCUGAAAUCUAGACCAGAAUCCGUUGAAUGCAUAAGGUAUAAUUUUCGUGGUUUCCGUUGGCUUCAGGCAAUGAUCUUUGCCAUUGAGGAAAUUAACAACAGCCCAACGCUUCUUCCCAACAUGACCCUUGGAUACAGCAUAUUUGAUACCUGCAACACGGUCUCCAAAGCCCUGGAAGCCACGCUGAGUUUUGUGGCCCAGAACAAGAUAGACUCUCUGAAUCUGGAUGAGUUCUGCAAUUGCUCAGAGCACAUUCCCUCCACGAUCGCAGUGGUGGGAGCAACUGGUUCUGGGAUCUCUACUGCUGUGGCCAAUCUUCUGGGUCUCUUUUACAUACCUCAGGUUAGCUAUGCUUCAUCCAGCCGUCUGCUGAGCAACAGGAACGAGUACAAAUCUUUCCUGCGUACCAUACCCAACGACGAACAUCAGGCCACCGCCAUGGCAGACAUUGUCGAGUACUUCCGCUGGAACUGGGUGGGCACCAUUGCAGCAGAUGACAAUUACGGACGGCCGGGAAUCGAAAAGUUCAGAGAAGAGACCGAGGAGAGAAACAUCUGCAUUGACUUCAGUGAGCUCAUCGCACAGUACUUGCCCGAGGACCAGAUCCAGCAGGUGGUGAAAGUCAUUGAGAAUUCCACAGCGAAGGUGAUAGUCGUUUUCUCAAGUGGGCCGGAUCUGGAACCCCUGAUCAAAGAGAUUGUCACGCGUAACAUCACUGGCAGGAUUUGGCUGGCCAGUGAAGCCUGGGCCAGCUCUUCGCUGAUAGCUAUGCCAGAGUUCUUCCAUGUCAUGGGUGGCACAAUUGGAUUUGCUCUGAAGGCAGGGCAGAUCUCGGGCUUCCGCAAAUUUCUGCGGAAGGUGAAUCCGAGGAAAUCUGUUAACAAUGGAUUUAUCAAAGAGUUUUGGGAGGAGACUUUUAACUGCUACCUGGCAGAUAGCAACAAAAAUUAUCCAGGUUCUGCUUCUUUCCAGAAGAGCCGCGAAGAAGGCAUUGGAGUUGGAAAUGGCACAAGUGCCUUCCGUGCCCCCUGUACUGGGCACGAAAAUAUCUCCAGUGUGGAGACUCCCUACAUGGAUUAUACUCACCUGCGGAUAUCCUACAAUGUCUACUUGGCCGUAUACUCCAUUGCCCAUGCUUUGCAGGAUAUAUACACUUGCACCCCUGGGAAAGGACUGUUCACCAAUGGGUCAUGUGCUGACAUCAAGAAAGUGGAAGCAUGGCAGGUACUGAAACACCUGCGGCACUUGAACUUCACAAACAACAUGGGAGAGCAAGUGGAUUUUGACGAAUCUGGGGGCCUGAUAGGGAAUUACUCAAUCAUCAAUUGGCACCUGUCACCAGAGGACGGCUCCAUUGUCUUUGAGGAAGUUGGACACUAUAAUGUUUAUGCCAAGAAAGGAGAGAGGCUGUUUAUCAAUGAGAACAAGAUUCUGUGGAGUGGGUUCUCCAAGGAGGUGCCAUUCUCCAACUGCAGCAAAGACUGCCCGCCAGGCAGAAGAAAAGGCAUCCUCGAGGGGACUUCUACUUGUUGUUUUGAAUGUGUGGAAUGCACUGACGGGGAGAUCAGUGAUGAGACAGAUGCUAGUGCCUGUGAGAGGUGUGAUGAAGACUUCUGGUCCAACGAAAACCACACCUUCUGCAUUCCCAAGCAAAUAGAAUUUUUGUCUUGGACAGAGCCGUUUGGGAUCGCUCUCACCCUUUUCGCUAUACUAGGCAUCUUCCUCACAUCGUUUGUCCUAGGGGUCUUUACCAGGUUCCGCAACACACCCAUCGUCAAGGCCACAAACCGCGAACUCUCUUACCUCCUCCUCUUCUCCUUGCUGUGCUGCUUCUCCAGCUCCCUCUUCUUCAUUGGGGAGCCCCAGGAUUGGAACUGCCGCUUACGGCAGCCGGCCUUUGGCAUCAGCUUCGUCCUCUGCAUCUCCUGCAUCCUGGUCAAGACCAACCGUGUCCUCCUGGUCUUUGAGGCCAAGAUACCCACAAGCCUCCAUCGCAAGUGGUGGGGCCUUAACCUCCAGUUCCUGCUGGUCUUCCUCUGCACUUUUGUGCAGAUAGUCAUCUGUGUCAUCUGGCUCUAUACGGCUCCCCCUUCCAGCUACCGGAAUCAUGAGCUGGAGGACGAGAUCAUCUUCAUCACCUGCAAUGAGGGCUCCUUGAUGGCACUGGGCUUCCUGAUCGGCUACACAUGCCUCCUGGCUGCUAUCUGCUUCUUCUUCGCUUUCAAGUCCCGCAAGCUGCCCGAGAACUUCAACGAGGCCAAGUUCAUCACCUUUAGCAUGCUGAUCUUCUUCAUCGUCUGGAUCUCUUUUAUCCCUGCUUACGCCAGCACCUACGGCAAAUUUGUCUCGGCAGUGGAGGUGAUUGCUAUCCUGGCUGCCAGCUUUGGGCAGCUGGCUUGCAUCUUCUUCAACAAGGUCUACAUCAUCCUCUUCAAGCCCUCGCGCAACACCAUCGAGGAGGUGCGUUCCAGCACUGCCGCCCACGCCUUCAAGGUGGCUGCCAAGGCUACGCUGCGGCGCAGCAAUGUGUCCCGCAAGAGGUCCAACAGCCUUGGAGGCUCCACAGCCUCGACGCCAUCCUCAUCCAUCAGCAGUAAAAGCAACCAUGAAAACCCCUUUUCGCUGCCAAGUCCUGUGGACCACCAGCAGCCACACGGGUGCAAGCAAAAGGUGAGCUUUGGCGGCGGGACUGUCACUUUCUCGCUGAGCUUCGAGGAGCACCAGACAAACGCAGUAGCCAACCGGAAUGCAAAGCACAGGAACUCACUGGAAGCCCAAAACAGCGACGACAGCCUCAUGCGCCACAAGGCCCUGCUUCCUCUGCAACCCAGCGAGCCACGAGGCAAUGAGCCCGGCUUCCAGAUGCCCUCAAUUCAAGACUCCAACACACAGGAAGCAGUAAUGGCAGAAGCCAAGCAAGAAGGGCAAAACUCGGAAGAAGAGCAACCUUCUUUGUCAGAUGCAUACUUGCGGGAUUUUGUAGGCAAUGACUCCAUCCUAGAGAACGCCAUCCAUUCAUAAUCAAAGCAAAAGGAGUCUGUUCCCCCCUGCUCUUCUCUAAAACAGGGGGGCAAAGGACUGGAUACAUCUGCAACGCAGCCAGCCACUUCUUACGGUUAGAAUCAGCAGGAUAAACUCGCCUCCAAAGGGCUGUUGAGGGUGGGAGGGGGAAGAAUAUGCCUAGUGAUCCUUUUAGCGAACGUCUGUGCUGGUUGUGGAAGAUAUGAGGAGAAGCAGCAGGUUGGAAGGACUAGUACUUUUUUCCCAGCAGAUUUUUGUGUGUGGAAUUUAUCCUCGUUCUACCCUAGUCUUGGUCCAAGGCCACCAACUUGCUGGUUAGUGAACAUCUGCAAAAGGUUCUAGUAACGUGCUCUGCUUUUACAUUGAUGUAUAUUAUCCCUUUUCUUCAUGGUGUGUAAUAGCCCCUAUUUAUAUGUAAAACUACUUAGCCAUAUUGCCAGGAGGAAAACCUUUCUGCUUUACACAAAACAGGGCACGUGGUUUGACUUGGGAGAACGUCAUCCUCCAGACCCUAGGCAAAGAUGCUAAACGAAUUUCAGCUGCUGCCCUCCGCAUGCAAAGUAUUUAAAAAUAAGAAGACCUCGCUCCUUGUAUUUACAACCAAAGGAUUAGCCGCUUUAUACUGUUCCCAAUGUCUCAUCAAAGAGGAAUAAUGUCCUGAGAAACAUCACUGCUUUAUGCAGAGCGGCUGUCCUCCCAGAGAUGUGUGCCCAGGGUUGACUCACUUGGUAGGCAAGAAGGAAGAGCAGCCUGUGCUCCUGGAGGAUUUACAGAGAUCUCAAUAGCAUGUGCCCAUAACUUAGGGUGAUUUAGGCUACUGUUGUUAUGGCUUCUGUGGUGCAAAUGGCUGGCAUUUUAUUACAGCAGGGGUCACCAAUCUCCUCUUGGGCACAUUUGCAAACCAGAUAAAUCAUCGUGGAUGCCCUCCCACUGCCACACACAGAGCAGCCUUUUCAGUUGGCUAUAACAGAAUGCUUCUUUCAAGUCUAAUAUCAACAGGUGUUGGGGAUCCUUUUUGGGUGCUUGUGUACCCAUAACUGCCUCAUUGGUUAGCUCUGCUCUGCCAUUUGCAAUGUACUGUGUUAACCUCUGUCAAACCCAUGGCUGUUUUGGGGAGUAACCCUAUACAUUUGCAGGCUUAACUGGGCUAACAACUAAGCAUUAAAGGAAGGAGGUGGUCUAAAAGAAAAGGUCCUGGACAGUAAGGAGUCACAUCCCCAAGGACGCCUCAUUGAACUUUUCAUGGCUGCAGAAGCAUACUGUCAUUAAUUACCUGAGGUUUUCCCAAGUGUCAUGUGUCUAGCAAGUUAAAACAAUAUUUAUAACAAACAGACAAUACGUUCAGGGAAUAAUAACCGUGCCCCAGGGCACCGAGGAUCAUUUUGGAGAUUAAAUACCUGGAAAGCUAGGCUCCGUUGCAGAAAGCAGCUGACAGCCCAAGGUACUUCAAAAAGCUUCUCCAAGGAAGUGUAUGAAUGGGAGCCUUAAAUAAUGGCAAACAGGCACAAAAUAGGCAUGUGCCUGGUUUUGUUCUUUAGGAAGAAUUAAAGUGGCUACCCAGUGGUAGGUGUGGCUAAUGAUUUUGCUAAGGGUAGAAUGAAACACCAAGAUCUCUGUCACCCCAACUUCUGCAACCGCUGGAGUUCCAAAAUGUAUCUUACAGAUAGCAGAGGUUGUUGUGACAGUCAAGACCUAUGAGCUAUUCACACUAACAGCAGGCUCCUGUAAGUAGAGAAUGCAUCCAUAAGUAAUAUUGGGCCUGCCCCUAAGAGAAAAAACUAAGGAAUUUAUGACUGGAUACUUUCCAAAUGUUUGCAGCUUAUCAAACAGCUCUUUCCCCCAAAGUUCUUGCAGUUGAACCACAUCAUAUCAUCCUACAAAGCGUGCACAAAACUUGAGAAGUGCAUCAUGCCAUCACCAACCUAGAAAGUUGCAUAUGUAAGAAGUGAAAUGAAAAAGCAGGUGUUGAAUGUCCAUUGAGCCGAUACUAAGGAAAAUGCGUAGCUCUACAUACCUAUAUUUUGUGCUCUAUUUGUGAGUCCAGAGAACACAACAUACAGUGCAUUGUGAAAACGUUAGCACCAAGUAGUCAUGCUCAAGAAUGUGACAUGUAAUGGCAGCGUUGCCAAACGUUCUUACGUUCUUUCACCCUCGUUUUGUUAAAAAUCCCAAAGAAGUAGACUUUCCUGCUCAGCAAGAGUCUCUUGUAUUGUAGCCGUAGAUCUUACUCCUCAUAUUGAGGUUAAAGAAAGUCACGGCAUUGAGCCUGGCCUCUUAUAUUAAAUCCUAAUAAUUCUUCACUGGCGUUUUAAGGGUUUCGUGAUAGGAUAGUUUUGUGCUAGAAGGGCCCUGACAGUGGUCACCGUUACACAUACACUGGAAAGGAGUUUAUACUUUAUGUUUCAGGAACCUCAGUGGACUAUCGUUUCUGAGGUUGCUUCACGUGUGUGUGUGUGUGUGUGUGUGUGUGUGUGUGUGUGUGUACACACACACACACAUACAUACAUACAUACAUAUACAUACAUGCUGGGCAGAAAGAUCUUCUGGCUUUUGUAAAAAUACACACACACACAUAAAAACCCACAACCGUUUGCAUCAGAUCCAGCAACCAGAGUUUGCAGGAUAUCUACCCACAAGUGCUAGUACUGAACUCUGAGCAUGGCUUUCUUCUGAUGCAAGAGAAGUGCAAGUCAGCAGCAUUCUCUUCUGCACGGCUUAGACCAGGGGUCAGCAAACUUUUUCAGCAGGGGGCCGGUCCACUGUCCCUCAGACCUUGUGGGGGGGCCGGACUAUAUUUUGAAAAAAAAAUAUGAACAAAUUCUUAUGCCCCACAAAUAACCCAGAGAUGCAUUUUAAAUAAAAGGACACAUUCUACUCAUGUAAAAACACCAGGCAGGCCCCACAAAUAACCCAGAGAUGCAUUUUAAAUAAAAGGACACAUUCUACUCAUGUAAAAACAUGGUGAUUCCUGGACCGUCCGCGGGCCGGAUUUAGAAGGCGAUUGGGCCGCCUCUGGCCCCCGGGCCUUAGUUUGGGGACCCCUGGCUUAGACAACUUCCUUGCCUUUAAUCCCCAGAGAGAGUGGAUUGUGGAAUCACCCUGCUUUGGUACAGUAGCAAUAAAGGAGACAGCAGUAGGUCAAAGCCAGCUCAACACUGUCGAUGUAGUUUUGAAGUAGGUUGUAUGAAUGCAGCCGGAGUUCAACUCAUGGUGAAGUGGUCAUACAACAUGUCUCUCCAUCAUGCAUCCAGCAUGAAGCUUAAUCAUCUUAUUUUGCGUCCGACACCCUGCAGUGAAUAUAGGCUGAGUUGCAUGACUUUCAACCCAUGCAAGGCUUAACACAUAUAGGCAUGGGGGAUGUACUCCCUUACUUUGUGGGAAAAGCAGAUUAAAGGCAUGUCUUCCUAACAGCAUAUCACAUGCUGUUUGCCUUGUACAUAUGGAAGUAGCCUAAGGGUACACCCAGAUUGUAGUUUUGAAUGGGAAAGAAUGGGCAUCCAGUAUAUAUACCCUCUGUACUUCCUAGUAGACAUUUCAGGCUGAAGUGUGUGGAACAAGAACUGAGCUCUGAGUUCAGCAAAAAGGGCCUCUUCUUUGGCAAAAUACUUGUUCUUUUUGCAUCCUACACUUACCCUGCACUCUACAAGCAUUGAACCAAAAGCUUGAGAAGCUUCUGUCUGUCUCUGCAUCCUUGUUUGCUGCACUUUCACAACUACUCCUUACCAAAUUAGUGAGAUUUUCUUUUUAACAGCCAUUAAUGACUAGCACUGUGGGUUAAACCACAGAGCCUAGGGCUUGCCGAUCAGUAGGUUGGCAGUUCAAAUCCCCGCGACGGGGUGAGCUCCCGUUGCUCGGUCCCAGCUCCUGCCAACCUAGCAGUUCGAAAGCACGUCAAAGUGCAAGUAGAUAAAUAGAUACUG